AUGGCAACAAUGGGCCAAAGUAUUGUACAUCUGAGAACUAUCGGAUGCAAGGCUUUUAUCAAUGUUGGAACAGAAACACGCACCAAUAUGAAGAAGGCAGCUCAGCGUGGAGCACAUAUCUUACCACGCUACAAAGAAGCAUUAUCUUCACAGGUCAACAGAACCGCCUCUCGUCAUUCGGCUUCGAGGCCGGAAGCGAAAGCAAUGGCAUUCACCAUUGUCCAGGGUCUUUACCGUCAACGCGACUCAACCGCCCCAACUAGGUGGUGA